GUUCGAGACCGCAGGGCGGGCCACGUCAGGCCGCCGCCGCGGGGUGCGCUUGUGGCAGAAGGGAGAAAUCUGCAUAUGUACAUGUAAGAGAAGCAAAAAUGUCUGAUGAUAUCAGGAAAAGGUUUGAAUUUCCAAAUUCUGUUAUUCAAUCACAGGCUGUGUGUCAUCUUAUUGUUGCAGUCCUAAAGGAAAAUGGUUUUUCAGAAAAGAUCCAUCAAUCCACAAACCAGACUCCUGCUUUGAACUUGCUGUGGGAAACGUGCUGCAGUGAUAGUGUGGUCCUUCGAACAGCCUGCUCGGAAGGCCUGGUGGCGCUCGUGGCGCAGGAACAUGCAGAGUUCAGCUAUGUUCUGAAUGGGCUGCUCAACCUGAUUCCAUCCACCAGGAAUACACACGGCUUGAUAAAAGCCAUUAUGAAAUUAUUACAAAUGCAAGCUCUGAAGGAAGGACAAGCUGGGGAGAAGAAUGUUCAGGAUAUAUAUAGUAUUAGAAAUCAUCCUCAGCCUUUGAUCACUGUGCUUGAACAUAGAACUGAUUGCUGGCCAAUAAUUUUGCAGCAGUUGACGGCUUUUUUCCAGCAAUGCCCUGAAAGGUCAGAAAUUUCAUGUAUCCAAAUAAUGGCACCAUUUUUGUGGUAUCUGUAUUGUGAACCAUCCCAGUCACAAGAAUAUGCUAAACUCCGACUAGCCCUGCUAAAAGUCUUACUUCAACCCCGGCCUCUUUGCGACAAAGAACAACCAUCAAUAUUGGAACAACAUAUCCUUCAAUUGUGCUGUGACAUGGUCCCAUGUUUGCAGAUGAAAGAUUUGAUACAGAUGACAGAAGCGAUGCUGUUUAUCGAGGAAGUAUAUGUAAGCCUUUUGCGUCAUCCCGUUUUCUGGAAAAUUCAGCUUACCCAGCUGACCCUUCAGCUGCUGUGUGUCUGUGAAGUCAGCUUGAAGAUAACUGGGGAAUGUUCAUCUUUAAUUCACCUUUUAGAGCUCAGUGUUGAACUUCUGAAGGAGGAUUUUCCUGAUGAACUGGUCAUAAUUGGAAUAGCUUUACUACUUUUGCAGACUCCGGCAAGUCAGCAGAAGCCAAUCUUAAGUCUAGCUUUGAAGGUGCUGUCUCUUGCUGAGGGUCAGAACAUGCCAAGGUCGUCCUUACUGCUAGUGACGCCAGCCCUGCAGAUCCUGUCUUCUGCCGCCUUGGAAGACUGCAUGUCCAUGGAUGAAGACGGCUCAUCGAGGCAGCUGUUGGCUCUGAAACUUUUGGGAAUGGUACAGCAGGAGUGCUACAGAGACAACCAGCAAAAGCCGUCCUGCAAGCUUAUCUUCCCCAUAACCAGCACGUAUGGUUCAAUAUUUGCAGCCUGGAGGAUCCUUGAAGUAAUGAGAGAAGAGUCUGCAGUGAGUGACUGGUUGGCUUCAGUAGAGUCGUUGCUACCUGUUACGACAGCCAUCCCUGUGCAUGUUUUUCUCCUGCUGGCUCACCUCCUUGUUGAAGAUAAAGGACAAAAUCUUCACCAAAUACUAAAGGUCACUACCAAAUUAGCCCAAGCAGAUUCCUCUCAGGUACCAAAUUUAAUUCCAGUUCUAAUGUUCAAGUUGAGAAAACCACUGAAACCUGUAUUAUACAAUGAUAUCUUGUAUACUUUACCAACGCUUGGUGUUCACAAGGUGUGUAUAGGACAAAUUCUACGAGUAAUCCAACUUCUUAGAACAACUCCACAACUAAAAGCUGUCUCUUUGCGCUUGUUGACAUCUUUAUGGGAAAAGCAGGACCGUAUCUAUCCGGAACUGCAGCGUUUCAUGGCCGUGUCCAAUGCGCUCUCUCUGCCUGUGGAUAAGGAAGUACAAUGGGAGAAACUGAUCGCUAAAGCAGCAGCCAUCAGGGACAUAUGUAAGCGAAGGCCCUAUCAGCAUGGCGCAGAUAUGUUGGCAGCUAUUUCCCAGGUGUUGAAUGAAUGCACCAAGCCCGAUCAAGCCACUCCAGCAGCUUUGGUGUUACAAGGUCUUCAUGCGCUCUGCCAAGCCGAGGUGGUUUGUAUUCGCUCCACUUGGAAUGCUCUCUCCCCAAAGCUGAGCUGUGACACGAGACCUCUCAUUUUGAAGACCCUCAGUGAGCUGUUUUCUCUGGUUCCUUCCUUAACAGUCAAUACAGCUGAAUAUGAGAAUUUUAAAGUUCAAGUACUCAGCCUCCUCUGGACCCACACUCGAAAUAAGGAUCCAGUUGUAGCAAGUGCUGCCUAUAAAUCGCUCUCACACUUUAGUGCCGGAGAGCACACCAUUCUUCAUCUACCUGAACAGAUAAGACCAGAAAUCCAUAUUCCUGCUGAACAAGAUGAAGAUGAAGAGGAUGAGGAGAAGGACCCAGACCUUUCAGUUUCUGGCUCUUGCUAUCUCAGCUUAUUGUCACUCACUGCUCCUUUGGUUUUACCAGCUUUGGAGGAAUUUUUUACAUCACUUGUGAAGCAUGAAAUGGUGAACAUGCCCCGUGGGGUGUAUUACUCUGCGUUAAGAGGAAGUGCCUGCUCAGACCAAGGAAAGACUGUAGCAAGAAUCCCCAAUUUUAUAUUGAAAAUGUAUGAAACAAACAAGCAACCAGGUUUGAAACCUGGCCUUGCAGGUGGUAUGUUAUUUUGUUACGAUGUUUCGAUGUAUCAGAGUAAAGAUGGCAAACCAUUGAAUCGACUGAUGGCCAGUAGAGGGCGAAGUUUCAAGCAGACGUCGCUUGCUCUAGUGCAUGAGGUUCACAUCCAGCUUUCAGAGUGGCACCGUGCCAUUUUUCUCCCACAAGCAUGGCUGGCAUAUAUGAAUAGAGCUUAUCAUGCCAUUUUACAGGGAAGAAUAGGAGAGCUGGAGCUGCAGUUAAAACAUGGAAAAGAAGUAGCUGAGGAGGUGCAAUACAAAAAAAGCACAGCCUGGCUCUGGGUCCGCGAUAUGUUGACUAAUGAGAUCACCAAUUCAGCUGCAAAGGACAGCCCAGUGGUCAAAGGCAAUGCACUGCUGGCCUUAAGCAGCCUUGCUGUCAUCAUAUCCAAACAUGAAGCCAGCCUCUCCUCAGAUGCGGAGGGGGUCCUCGAGGUUCAACCUAAUUUCCUUCCAGUGGGUGAAUGGGUUACCAUGGUGCUUGAUACUCUUCUGGUCAUUGUGGAUAGCCAUUACCAACCCAGAGGACAACUUUUUUCCUCAUUUUAUUAUAAAUCCUAUUCUGGUGAAAACACAGCUAGUGCCAUCGCCCGGUCCGCGGCUGCCACGGCUUUGUCUCUCCUCGUGCCAGUUUUCAUUAUCUCUUGCAAAGAGAAGGUUGAGGAAAUCCUGAACAUGCUGACUGCCAGGUUACCUGGGAAACCAAGUGCUGAUGAGAAUCAAGCCGUGCAGAUCCACAUGGGCCUUGCUUUGGGGAUGUUUCUCUCUCGCUUGUGUGAGGAGAAAGUCAGUGAUAUAUCCGGCCAACAGACGAACCUUCUUAUAAUGAAGUCUUUGGAUGCCCUGGAAAACUGCUGCUUUGACACUAGUCUUGAAUACAACACGGGCUGUGUAUUGGGAGUUGGACUUGUUCUGUCCCUCAUGAGCCACAGCAGCCAGAUGGAGUCACGAGUUCACGUGGCAGCAUCACUUCGGAAGCUGUCUACAUACCUCGAUGAUAGUGGGGGCAAGAGCCGAACAUUUCAGGAGGUCCUUGCCUAUAGCCUUAGCUGUGUAUGUAUAUCAGCAUUCAGUGCUGGAAUUAUUGAGGCUGCAGAGGCUGAAGAUAUUAUGAACAAGCUUCGACUGUUGGUGGAGAACAACCAGCAGACUUCAGGUUUUGCCUUGGCGUUAGGAAACAUAGUUCAUGGUUUGUCUGUGUGUGGACAUGGAAAAGCUGAAGACUUGGGCAACACAUUGCUCCCUGCCUGGAUCAGAAUUGUUCUAGCAGAGGGCACUCCCACAAUGCUUUGCUUGGCAGCCCUUCAUGGCAUGGUGGCCUUGGUAGGCUCCGAAGGGAAUGUAAUGCAGCUGAAGUCCGAAGCCAUCCAGACCUCUCAUUUUCAAGCCAGACUUAAUGAAGUCAUUAGAACCGUAACUCAGGUCAUCAGUGUGUCUGGGAUGAUUGGCCUUCAGUCCAAUGCAAUCUGGCUUCUAGGACAUCUUCAUCUGUCUACUCUGUCCUCAAAUCAAAGGAGAACCUCUGUUCCCCCUGACUAUAGCUAUUUGCCUGAAAGCAGUUUUAUUAGAGCAGCCAUUGGCUUCUUCAUUACAGGAGGGAAAAAAGGUCCUGAAUCUGUGCCUCCUUCCCUUCUCAAGGUCGUGAUGAAACCCAUAGCAACUGUUGGCGAAAGCUACCAGUACCCUCCUGUGAACUGGGCUGCACUCCUCUCUCCACUUAUGAGGCUAAACUUUGGUGAAGAGAUACAACAACUGUGCCUUGAAAUCUUGGUGACCCAGGCACAGUCAUCCCAGAAUGCAGCUGCACUGUUGGGAUUGUGGGUGACGCCACCACUGAUCCAUGGUCUGAGUAUGAAUAUCAAGAAGUGCCUCCUGGUCUCUGUGCCUCUGUGGAUCAAACACGUCUCUGACGAACAGAUCCUGGGUUUUGUUGAAAACUUAAUGGUAGCAGUUUUCAAAGCAGCUUCCCCGCUUUCCAAUCCUGAGUUAUGCCUGAGUUCCUUGCAGGGUCUGAGCCAGGCCAUGAAGCUGCCCAGUCCUGCCUACCACCUCUGGAGUCUGCUCCGCGGAGCUACUGAGAAAAUUUUUGACCUUCUGCCAAAUAAGAUUCGGAGAAAUGAUCUGGAGUUGUAUAUCAGUGUAGCAAAAUGCCUCUCGGAAAUGACGUAUGAUGAAGCCAAUCGGAUUGCCCAGAUUACUGAGAGCAACAUAGAAAAGGCUGCCUUUGUCAGACUGUACUUGGUCUCCCAAGGAUGGUUCCCCUUGAUGGGCUUGACUGACAUGCUCAGCGUGGCUGCUCAGCGCCAGGAAAAGGACGUGCUGGCCUGGAUGAUACUGCACAGCUUAUACCACGCACGGAUUGCCAGCCAUGCCAACACAGGCGUGUUGAAGAGAAUGGAGUGGCUCUUGGAAUUGAUGGGUUAUAUCAGAAAUACUGCUUACCAGUCAACAUCUGCUCAGAACGUGGCUCUCGAUGAGGCUUUGGACUUCCUGUUGCUGAUAUUUGCAAAUGCGGUCGUGGCAUGGGCAGACCAUGCUGCCCCUCUCCUCCUUGGCCUCAGGGCCAGUUGGUUGCCAUGGCAUCAGGAAAAUGGCCCGGCUGGGGCAGCAUCAAGCUUCCUUGGCAGAAGUCCAAUGCACAGGGUCACUCUGCAGGAGACUCUCACUCUCCUCCCCAGUAGCAUGCUUCUUCUGCUGCAGAAAGAGCCAUGGAAGGAACAGACCCAGAAGUUCAUUGACUGGCUAUUCAAUCUCAUGGAAAGCCCUAAAGGAGCCCUCUCUGCAAAGUCCAGGGAUCUUUUAAAAGCCACCCUGCUGUCCUUGAGAGUUCUCCCAGAGUUUAAGAAGAAAGCCACAUGGACCAGAGCGUACGGUUGGUGAAGUUUUGCCAUAGCCAGCCACAUUCUCAGCUGGAAGAGGAAAAGCAUACAAAUGGAAGACAUUUUUUAGAGUUUGUGUGUGGGAUCACUGAGACGUGACACAGAGGGUUAAGGGUCAUGAAAUGGUGGCCACAUAACUGACAGCCUCAACUGUGCAUGCCAGGAGAUGGGGCAUUGCUUCGGUGCCCAGGCCAGUGGGAACUGAAACAAGAACUUGAACUUUCUUUUAUUUGUCUACAGUUCGAUCUGAAUAUUUUCUUUGUGAAAACUGACUAUAUCAUCUCCUCCCCGCUAAAUUCUAGUAAAAUAAUCUCAUGAAUUU